CUCUUCUCGACGCCGACGUCGGCUGCGCUCUCCAACAUUGUCUGCGACCACCAUGUUCACAGCCAGCCUUGCUCUCAUCUGCCUCCUUGCCGGUCUCGUUUCACUCGCGCACGGCGCAGUCGCUGGCUCGCUGGGCGUACAGACAAGUGACGCAUAUACAGGCGGCUUUGAUGAUGUCAAAGUUCCAGUCGUGCUCGGCGUGAUGAGCCGCUGCCCCGAUGCCGUUCUGUGCGAGACCGUCUUCGAUCAUGUUCUGCAGCGCGUUGCCGACAAAGUGGAUCUCUCGCUCACGUUCAUCGGGAAGAUCAACGCCUCCGAGCCCGACUUUGGCGUGACAUGCAAACAUGGUCCCGAGGAGUGCGCGGGGAAUGUGCACGAACUGUGCGCUAUCAAAUACGCUCCCACACAGCGGUGGUGGAACUUCGUCCAUUGCCUGAACUUCAAGGGCCGAACUGAGAUCGGGAAGCCUGAAACGGCGCUGCAAUGCGCGAAGACGACAGAACUCGACUGGGAGAACAGCGGUGUGGGCGCGUGCGCCGGGCUGGAUGGGAGUGGGAAAGGAGAAGAGGGCGUGCGGAUGCUGCAACAGAGCGUUGCCGUAACGGAAGAGAUGGGCAUCGAGAAGAGCUGCACUAUAGUGAUCAACGGGAAGCCCGUUUGCAUUCACGACGAAACGUGGAAGGAGUGCGAGGGCGGCCAUGCCCCGAAGGACUUCAUCAGGCAGAUUGAGGAGGAGUACAACAAACUUAACCAGUCGUGAGGAGGACAGAAGUAGUAUAUCGGCGUAGGGGCGAUGUCAUUAUACCACGCAUGUAUGAUCCGCGGGCUCUUCAACCACCCAAAAUAAGCUCGUAUCCGAUGAUGACCAGGUUCAGCCCUAUGAGUGGUAUCCGCAUGAGUGUCCGCACAGCGCUGAUCAAGAUUAUUAGCCGUCCCUUCACGCCGACAUCCUGCGCUCCGGGGUAUGCUGCUUGGUCGUAUGGUUGAGCAUAUGGCUGGCCAAAGCCGGGGUUCGCUGGUUGUGGCUGCGCGGAAGACCAGCCGAUUCGUGCCAGGAACCUGUCUUCGCUGAGAACAGCCAUAGCGUUUAUGAGGAGUAGCGAGACAUAGAGAAUCGUGCCGAGGUAGAGCAUAGAU